AUGGCGUCCAACCUGCUAUCCAAGCUCCUCCCCUCCGCCUCCGACGAGCCCUACGAACACGAGCCACUCGUCCCCCACCAUCGCCGCGACUCCACCUCGACCGAGGAGCGCCACGAGAUGGACAUAGACGAGGAGAACUUUGGCGCCCGCUUUGAGGAGCAGGACCUCGCCCACCUGCUUGAGGAGGCCUCCUCCAGCCAGAUGACCACCGAGAGCCGUGCCGUAUCUCCAGACGCCAAACGCAACGCACCGCCCGGCAUCAAUACGGCAAAUCGCAUCCCGGCAUGGAGACAGCCCAGCCCAGCCCGAGCUGCUCCUUUGGACGACGAUGAUGACGUACCCCAAUCAUUGCUGCUCGAAGGAGGCCAUGAACCAGGGCCGAGUUCGAAUAAGCGCAACGAAGGCCUCCCCAUGCCUGUGCCGGGCCCAUCGACGCGACAGACACGGGCACAGUGGGACGCCACCCGUACGCAGCAACGGCUGCACGACGAUGAUAGGAGAGGUGCACCCGCAGGGCCUUGGGGGCACACCAGUAGACCUGGACACUUUACAGCAGACCCAAGGGAGAAGGCACUCUGGCUUUGGGUGAAUCAGACGGAUCUGGAUAAUUACAUGACGGAGGUGUAUGACUACUAUGUUGGCUGCGGCAUCUACUCGAUCCUUCUUAGGAGAGUUCUCACGCUCUUGCAAACAGCCUUUGUAGUAGGCUUCAUGACAUUUCUGGGAUGGUGCAUCGAUUACUCCAAGUUGUCGCAGAGCAACAAGAUGAGCCAGGUUCUGGUACCCAAGUGUGCUGCAAGAAUCCAUGGUGUUUGGAUACUGGCCCUUUGGUUCUUCAUCAUCUACUGGCUCUACUCAUUCUACAACACGGUCACAGAUAUACCCCGGCUUCGAGCUAUGCAUGACUUUUAUCACUACCUACUUGAUAUUCCCGACUGCGACAUUCAGACCAUACAAUGGCAGCAGGUCGUGACACGGAUCAUGGCGCUACGAGACUUGAACUUGACUACUGCUUCCAAUCUAUCGCCAGAAACGCGCAAGUUGCUCGACUCGAAGAGCAGGCAGCGGCUGGACGCUAUCGAUAUCGCGGGCCGCCUGAUGCGGCGUGACAACUAUCUCAUCGCCCUAUUCAACAAGGAGAUACUCGAUGUGACCGUCCCUCUACCAUUCCUAGGCAAUCGAUACAUCUUCUCCGAGACUACGAAAUGGCAUGUCAACCUCGCCAUUAUGGAUUUUGUGUUUAGCGGACCAAACGGCCAGUUCAAUCCGGAUUUUCUCAAAGAACGUAAUCGGCGAGAGCUUGUGAAGCGAUUGAAGACGCGCUUCUUCUGGACGGGCAUCAUCAGUAUUCUUUGCGCGCCCUUUGCCGUGGUUUUUGUAUUGGCCUCGUAUCUGUUCAAGUACUUUACCGAAUACCACAAGGACCCAGGCCAACUCAGCAACCGCGAUUUCACAACCUUUGCUCAGUGGAAGUUCCGCGAGUUCAACGAGCUUCCUCACUACUUUGCCCGCCGCCGUAACAUGGCUUAUCCAUACGCAAACCUCUAUCUUGCUCAGUUUCCAAAGGAUAAGACUGAACAGGUUUCGUCGUUUGUCGCAUUCAUUGCAGGUGCCUUUGCAUUUGUUCUCGUACUCUUCACCCUCUUCGACUCUGAGCUAUUCCUCAACUUUGAAAUCACACCUGGAAAGACUGCCAUCUUCUGGAUUGGUAUUCUUAGUACGAUAUACCGCGUCGCACGGGGAAGCAGUCCUCAGGACGAUCAGGUCACAGAUCCGUCCUACUAUCUCAACCACGUCAUCUACCACACCCGUUAUGAGCCAGAAUCGUGGCGUGAUAGGCUACACACCGACGAGGUCCGGGCUGAAUUCACCAAGCUGUACCAACCGAAGAUCCUCAUCUUUGCCGAGGAAAUUCUGAGCAUGGUCAUCACACCUUUCCUGCUCAUCUUCAGACUGCCAAACUGCAGCGAACGCAUCGUCGACUUCUUCCGCGAAUUCUCAAUUGUCGUUGACGGUUUAGGUGUUACAUGCUCCUACUCCAUGUUUCCAUCGACAAAGACCACCCGCAAUGCCAAUAACAUUCCAGCAAACGGUACCGGUGCUCGCAGGGAAGACCCAGAUCUCCGUGAAGACUACUUCAUGGCCAAAGACAACAAGAUGAUGGCUUCGUACUACGGCUUCUUAGAUACAUACCAGAACUCUGGUCGCGGCUAUAAUGGCCGCCUGCAAGGACGAAGCAACUUCCAUCCUCCACCCCAGUUUCCAAACACAUUUGGAACAAUGUCGCAGACUGCGCAGCCGUUGGACAUUGGUGCAAGAGGACCAAAUCGAGGGCAGCCUGGCCGACAGAACCUACAGCAGAGGACACCGAGAAACCGGCCUACGGCAAGAGAAGAGUCUAUGAACUCGAUGCUCCUCGAUCCCCACCAUCAGCCUUCUUCGGCCUCGAUGCUGCGUGGAUCCCCUCAUCAAGCAGCGGCUAGCCGAUACCGUACACCUCUUCAACCCGUUUCGGACGCACAGGGUCCAUCGCACACUCGAAUCGAAGAAGAAAGUAUGCUGGGCGACUCAUGGCGCACAAGUCGACUGGCUCAAGACGACGAUGAGGAAGAAGAGGCGCCAGGCAACAAUCGUGGUGGAGUCCUGCAGCUCUUGCAACAGUUCUCUAGAGCCCAAGCUGAAGGUCGAGGCGCUGGCGUGGGCGUUUAA